GAUUCGACAAAGAUGGGGGCUUCAAAGGAACAAAAGCCAAAGUGUAAUUUUCCUAAAGGCGUCAGAAACAUUAAAAGGGAAUACUCCUCAUGCCUCCCUCAUAUGAAGACCGCGCUUCUCUUGGCACACCAGCAACCGAAUGUCCACAAAGUGCAUUUAGCAAGAUGGUUACUUUCCGUGAAGAAGAUAAUUUUACACCGAAACAGACACACAUGCAACACAUUUGAGGAGUUUGGGGGCUUGGGAUACGCAGUCUCCGAGUGACAUAGGGAGUGCGCGCCAGAGUGGAACAACAGCCUUUGCGCUUGGGAGUAGGCUACCGAGAUGGCCAAGAAGGGGAAUCAACUUCAGAGCCUGUCAAAAGUGUUUGUUCUGCUCAGCGUUAUGACAGUCAAGACCAAUCCACUUGAGACGGUCAACGUGGUGGACUUCUGUGGCCAGAACAUCCGGGGCGAUGGGAUGAUCGUCAACUCACACCAGGAGUCCAAGAAGUACUAUUUUGUCACCAUGGGAACGGACUGCCAUCUCACCAUGCAGGCCGCCUCCCCCAAGGACAAGGUCCAGUUCCACUUCCGCUUCUUCCUGGUCUACAGCCUGCUUCGUUUAGCACCCCAAAGUCCAUCCCCCCUCUUCCCUGAGUCCCCCCGGGGCACUCAAUUGGAGCCCUCGACUCCAGUGGUGGAUCCAGGGGACCCGUGUCAUGCGGGGUCAUACAUUCAGUUCUAUGACGGGCGGGACAAGAACUCACCUCCUAUUGGACCAACGCUGUGUGGGAAGAGCCCACCUCGCCCGGUGCUGUCCACGGGGAAUCACCUGACCCUGCGUCUGGUGACCCGAGGUACUCUGCCUCGAGUGGAUUUCGUGGGGGACUUCACCUCCUUCAGACUGGGUUUUAACCAAUCAGCGUGCAGCGGUGAGCCUUACUUCCCAUGUCGUAAUGGGAAGUGUAUCCCCAUGAGUCUGGUGUGUGAUGACAAGGGCAUCGAUAACUGUGGGGACGGGAGCGACCUGGAGGAUCACCUGCCCUCAGGGUGCAAAGGUCACUCAGGUAUCACACCUGUGCAGCUACCUGUUCAACAGGCCUUUAAAGGUCAGCUGACCCCAGCCCAAGCCCCUCCCCCAGUAGUGACCCCACCCCCUCCUGUCUUAAACCCGCCCACUUUGCCCAUGUCCACCUAUAGGAACUGUGGCACUCCGGACGGCGUACCCAAUCACGACUCAGUGACAGAUUCUCCUCCCUACCUGUCCCUGUUGGCGCUCUACAUUGUCCUGGGUGUGAUAGCUGGUGUGGUCCUGCUGUGCUGGUGCUGCUGGUCUCCGGGCUGGUUCCUCUGGAGGAUCAGCAUUUGCCGCUUCUUACCCUGCUGUAACUCAGCCUGUGCCUCCUGCCAACUCUGUGCCCGUAGCUGUGUCCAGAACAAGGAGCACCGACCAGCUAAGGUCUCACCACAAGGAGAGGUCCCAACCAACAGUGCUGCAUUGGCCCCCCUCACCACAUCCACGGCUAACGCCACCACUCUCGCUGUGUAGGAGGGCAAUGCAGUCGCUAUGUAGCUCAGAACUGUUGUCGCAAUGAAGCAUAACUGCUAUGAUGGCUAACAGUGAGACAGAUGGACUCACGGACAUGAUGACCCAUACUUCCUGUUUUAGACUGAUGGACUGAGAUGAUACUCAUAUUUUUGCUGGGUUACAAGGACUGUUAAUGUCAUGGAAGAAGGAGUGCUGCAAAGCUGAGACUGUUCUUAAAACGGGGAGAGGCUUUACAUUAGAAUGUUUGAGUCAGUGUAGGUUCUUGAUUUUUGGUGCUUUACACAAUGAAUGACUGACACUACCUUCUUCGGACUGUUUUGUAUUUAAAAGUGUGUUAGAUUGGACCAACAUAGAGGGUUCUUCUCUGAGUGUAUAAGUAACCCAGGUUCACCUAUUGAAUUAUAUCUAUGUUGGAAUAAGUCUCCUAGUUACAAAAGCAUGAGAAAUCCUAUUCCCCUCAACUUUCCACACCCAUCAACCUGCUCCCACUGAAAUGUUCACUUCCCACACAUGUAUGCCCCUUACCCAGCAGGGACUAUAUUUUUGUUAAUAAAAUAAAUCCCACUCA